UCUAGUUUAUUUUAAAUUGUUCUUUAGAAAUUACAUAUUUCACACAACACAAUUUGUUUGCCAGCAUUGGGAUUUUAUCGAGUUGAUGGUGAUUUAAUGAUGACCCUGGCAUCAGAUAAACCCAUGUUCCAAGAUAUCUCAGAAAUGCUCAAGCCGUUCUGUGUGCAGUAAGCUGUCAACAGAAUGAGGGAAAGGGAGACGGGGAAGGAGAAUUUGGUGGUGUGCGACCAAUGGGCUUGCCUGAUGUAUUUUUAAUGCACAUGAAUGAUUGAUCACUGUAUAUGGACACAUGCUGUCCUGUGGGGCGGCUGCAGUCUGUGUGUUGCUGUCGGUGCUGGUAUGAGUGCGACCAGGGGACCUUCUGGACUGAGCAUGAACACUGGAGUUAAAGCAUCAGUGGGCAAUGCAGAGAAAUCGCACUCUGGUCCGGAUGUACCUGCUCUCCAGUUCUGUGCUUCCACUUCCUGGCUCGUGGAGCAGAGAUGAUUUCAGACGUCCACCAUUGUCCAGUUCAACACAUGGGCGGACCACCACAGUGCCUCUCAGUAUCAGUGAGCCCUGCUUGUUCACCCCAGGGCAGAGAGCGGUUUUCGAGGGGUUUUCAAAAAACCGCCGUCCCCUUCUACACAAACGUGGCCCAUCUUCUCCCUCCUGCAAGACCCUUGAGAACACAAAGGCACCUCAGCAGAGCUAUCAUCAAGUGUACAUGCAUUUCUCUCGGCCUCUGAAGCCUGUACCAAAGGUUGGACAGGCCUUUACUCACAGUCAGCGGCGGGCCACAGAGAGCACAGGACUGCAGGCAUUAGUGAGGCAGCACCUAGAGACUUUAUCUGUCAGAGGACAGACUUUCCUUCCCACCCAGCAUUUACCUACCUCUUCAUCUAGCGCGCCUCGCACACAGCUGCAUGUGUUCUUGCCUGCAGAGGGCGCCAGGCAGGAGGAAGACGGGGACAGUGAGUCUGUUGAUGAGGGUUUCAUGGAUGAGCUAGAUAACAAAGUCACCACUCUGAGACUUCAAGAUCCAAAGAUCCCCAAACAGAUAGAAAAAUCACUGACGGGUCAAAUGGUGCAAUGAACUUCCUAGUGUCAUGCCUUUAUUGUAGCAUUUCAUAUUUUGAUGUGUGUUGUAUGCUACCACUGAUAACAGAAAUGACAAGUUCUGUAUUUACCAAUUU